CUGGCCUGACUCAGGAGUCAAAGAACUUAAACUGCGAACAUCGCAUCGCGGGGGGGGAGAGACCACGUUUCUUCACUCAGAGAUACGAGCUUUCCUGAUAAGAAGUAAAGCUUUUGGUUUUUUUUAAUGCUCUCCGCAGCAUUGCUGUGUUUUAUAUAAGCAUCGUUUAUUUGGAGGAGCCGUCAGAACGCGGAUAAAGUUGUUUAUAAAGCUGUUUUUUGGGAAUGCUUCCACGGUCUAACAAGAAAGAGCAAACAGGGACAGUCUUUUCUGUCAGUCUACAGCUGAAGACAUGUUCCUCUGGACACUGUCUGACUUCAAAGUACACCUGUUGAUUGUCACGCUUUGGGACAACCUGUGUGCUUUGGGACUCAAACCCACGCAGUGGCCACUGUACCCCCAAAAGCCUCUGCUCCUGGUUUGGAAUGCCCCGACUCAAGAAUGUGGCCCAUGGCGUCAGGUGUUUUUUCAGUUGGACCAGUUCCACAUUGUCGCCACACCGAACGAAGGCUUCGUCAGGCAGAACUUGACCAUGUUCUACAAGGACCGUUUGGGUUUGUAUCCCUACUUGGAGCUGGAUGAGAUGGCAGUGAACGGGGGGCUGCCACAGGUGGCCAGUCUCACAAAGCAUCUGGAAAAAAUGGAGGAAGGUGUCCGGAGGUAUAUACCUGAAGCCGACGCCAGGGGUCUGGCCGUCAUUGACUGGGAAGAGUGGCGCCCAAUAUGGAUGCGUAACUGGGGACCUAAACAUAUUUAUCGCAACCACUCCUUGGCUUUGGUGCAGCAGAAGAACCCAACCUGGCCACUGGAGCAGGUGAACAGAGUGGCUCAGCAGGAGUUUGAGCUCUCAGCCAAAAAGUUCAUGCUGGAGACAUUGCGACGCGCCAAACACCUAAGACCCAACAAGCUGUGGGGGUUCUAUCUGUUCCCCGACUGCUACAACCACGACUACCUGCGCUCCAUGGUGAGCUACACGGGCCGCUGUCCGGAUGUGGAGGUGGCCCGCAACGAGAGGCUGGAAUGGCUUUGGACUGAAAGCACCGCCCUGUUUCCCUCCAUAUACAUGGGCGCCGUGCUGCGCUCCACCGCCUCCGGACGGCAGUUCGUACGGAACCGGGUAAAGGAGGGGAUGCGCUUGGCUUCAUCAGGAGAUGGGCUGGCACGUCCUGUCUUUGUCUACACCCGGCCCACUUACAUCAACUCUUUGGAACAGCUGACAGAGGCUGACCUUGUGUCUUCCAUCGGGGAGAGCGCAGCUUUGGGAGCAGCCGGAAUCAUUUUAUGGGGAGAUGUGACAUAUGCAAGAAACAAAACUACCUGCUCUGACCUGGAAGCAUAUGUUCGGGAAACACUGAGUCCGUACCUCCUCAACGUCUCCACGGCAGCGGAGCUAUGCAGCCAGAACUUGUGUAGUUCUCACGGCCGCUGUCUUCGCAAGGAUCCAGACAGUGAUGUUUACUUGCACCUGAACCCUGUCACCCACAGCAUCCAAAGACAGAACGGCAAGCUGACGGUCUCUGGUGAACUUGGACGAGCAGACAAGUUCAGCUUGCACACAGACUUCCAGUGCCAGUGCUACAGUGGUUUUCAGGGCGAAAGCUGUGAUCAGGCCGACUCUCUGCGCCAAAUAGGUUUAGGGUCCCACACCAGAGCCUCAGCUCUACCUUUUGUCAUAUUACUGGUUGUGUUUGUGAUUCUUUAAUAAUGCAAAAGACUGAUAGUAGGCAUAGCUUUUAAGUUUCAUGGUGAAGUGUUGCAAAAACGAAGCAGAAAAAUGACUUUGUAAGUGGCUUACAAAAAGUGGCUUUUAAAUUUUUUUUUAUUUCUAAUUUAUGUUUAAACAAAGGAGCACUUUUUGAAAAUGGCCUUGUUGACACUUUUCAUUAGUUUUCCUUCAUCACUUUUUCUAGACGCCAGAUUUCAAAUUUCACAUGGCCUGAUACUAAAAAGCGGCCAAUAUCUGGUGUGACCACCUUUGACCUCAUGCAGUACAACACAUCUUCUUCACGUAGAGUUGAUCAGGUUGUGGAUUGUGGCCUGUGGAAUGUCGGUCCACUCCUCGAAGUUGCGAAGUUGCUGGAUAUUGGCAGGAACUGGAACACGCUGUUGUAAAUGCCUUAAAUCCAGAGGAUCCCAAAUAUGCUCAAUGGGUAAUAUAUCCAUUGAGUGUGCUGGCUAUAAAUGAACUGUUUUAACUUCCAAGAAUUGUGAACAGAUCCUUGCAACAUGAGGUGAUGUUCUUGGAUGUAUGGCACAACAAUGGGCCUCAGGAUCUCAUCCCAGUAUUUCUGUGCACUCAAAAUGACAUCAAUACCUCUGUUCUUCAUCCACAACAUACACCUAUGCUUACCAGAACCCCACCGCCACCAUGAGCCACUCCACAAUCUGAUCAACUCUUUGUGAAGGAGAUGUGUUGCACUGCAUGAGGUGGUCACACCAGAUACUGACUGGUUUUCUAAGUCCCCAAACCCCUCAAAAUGCCACAUUUUAGAGUGGCCAGUCUAAGGCACACCUGUGCAAUAAUCAUUCUGUCUUCAGUAUCUUGAUAUGGCACUCCUGUGAGGUGGGAUGGUUUAUCUCAGCAAGGGGGAAGUGCUCACUAUCAUGCUACAUACACAUCUGGCAUGUGUGGCGCGUUCAGGAACGCGUUAAAUGUAUGUUCUUGAACACGUUUUUAGCAUACGGUGUCCACACAGGUCUGUCGCUACCCAAUACUAGUGCCAAUACUCGCAGUUGGAAGAGGCUUGGUGUGAAAUGUCCAAGUGGUGCAAAUCUUUUGAAUCUUGCUCCAGGCUUUCUGUUUUACAGCUCUAUUACGAUAGAUGAAAGACUUGAUGUCAUAUAAUUCCAGCUGGUCCCAAAGUGCAUGAGAAUGGAGAGGGGCGCCAUCCAUACUACAAAACUCGAGUCUCUGAUUGGUCAAAGUUCAAAUGGUUCAACUUUCAAGGUGCGUUCAGUGGACGUGCAUUUUGUAUGUACAGCCCAAAAAUGGACAUCAAAACUUUUAUAGUGAUGCGUGAACGUGAGAGUUUUAUUAAAAAUGGUUGCUUGAACGUGUGUUGCAGAGGCUGGUGUGAACGCAGCAUUAGUGGUUUACCAAAGUUUUACCAGAUCAUCAUAAAACUGUCAUGUCCGUUUUCUAACAUGACUUCUCGCUGAGUUUUUUUUUUUUUUUUUUUUUUAAAUCGGCUCCUGUAUUUAUUUGGAACUUUUUGCAUUUUUAAAUAUAUUUUUCUAUUUUUAUGUACAAAUCAUGACUACUAGAUUUUUUUAUAAAAUAUAAGAUGUCUCAAUUUAUAGAAAUGUGAUCAAUUCUUUUAACUUUAUAAGAAGAAAAUCAAGAUGAUGCUGGUUUGUGCAAACCUAUACUGUUUUCUUACUUCAUACAUCAGUCUCUGCCAAUAAAAAUGUUUGAGUUCUAUUUUUAAGCAUUUUGUAUUUUGCACGAGUUUUUAUUUUUCUUUGCAGUUUUUGGAGUUUUAUAAAGUCGAUUUUUAGGGGACGCUUCUGGUUCACCUCUGGUGAAGGGAGUGGUUAAGGGACUGCUGCCGUGCUACUUCCUACCCCCUAAUUAUAGGGUGUUGCAGCUCAUGAGUGCUUUUUCUGCUACACUUAAAAGCCGAGCAAAGCUCACACGUACAUUUGGCUGAGGGAGAGUUUAUUAUGGCUUUGCUUGAGAGUCACUUGGAGGAGGAAAUCUAUAUAUACUUCAAAUCUUUGCAAUAAACUCUACAUGGUUUGAUACUUUU